UUACGACCACAUCCAGAUUCCGAUAAACAAAAGCAAGACAGCCCUUGCUACGAUCGAGCUAGCUGUCUGUCACAAGAAGAUACUGAUGUCAAGAGUGUACUAGAUACUACACAUAAACGAGAUGUCUUUUGGGCACGAUAAUCUCUGCACAAGAAAGUACAAUGAACUCCCUGAUGAAGAUGAGAACACUGAAAAAAGAGACCUUCAAGUACUCAUCCCUACCUCGACCAACGCUGGCCACACUCACCAGGUUAUAGCUGAAUCUACACUGAUGGAGAAUGGGCAAGUAAGUGAAGCCGAGUCCACUGAUGUAGAGGUCAUCUACUCAAAAGCCCAGGACAAAGUGAACUUGAUUGCUAGUGUGGCCGAUAGUAUUGAUGAGAAUGGAGUGGUCAGAGAGUAUGAAGUGGCCUUACAGCAUAUCGGAUUCGGGCUCUUCCAUAUUAUUCUGGUUAUCUGUAACGGGCUGGCUCUCACGUCUGAUGCGGUGGAAGUAUUGUCAAUAUCGUUUGUACUACCAGUGAUUGGUCGCCCUGAUGAACUGGGGCUAACAGAUGGGGAAACUGGUCUCCUCAGUUCGAUCAUCUUCGUAGGGAUGCUGUUCGGGAGCUACUUUUGGGGUGGAAUGGCAGACGUGAUAGGACGAAAGAAGACUUUGGUAUUUUCCCUUGCUACUAGUGGUGUGUUUGGUCUUGUGUCAGCAUUCGCCCCAAAUUUUACUGUCUUCCUUAUAUUGAGGCUCUUCAGUGGAUUCGGUGUUGGAGGCUCGCUACCUGUCCUCUUCCCUUACAUAUCCGAGUUCAUACGUAACAAAUACAGAGGACCUUAUCUCGGUCUCCAGGCGACCUUCUGGAUGUUUGGACGCUUACUCUGUGGAGCUAUUGCCUGGGCUAUCAUUCCAGCAACCAGCAUUGAUUUCUCCCUGGGCUUGUUCAGAUUCCAUAGCUGGAGACUCUUCAUCGCCAUAUCUGCUGUUCCAUCACUUCUAGGUGUACUGCUCUACUGGUUCCUGCCUGAGAGCCCACGAUACCUUUUGGAGAUUGGCAAGGAGAAAGCUGCUGUCGACGUGCUCAGGACUGUGCACAGAAUCAACCACUGGAGGGACAAAACGGCAGUGUACCCUGUCAAGAGCAUACAGCUAGGGAGUGAUGUUGCUGGUGCUGGCAAGAGCAACAUACUCGAUAAAAUCAGACAGAUUUUCAAGAGGUCGGCUGAAAUGUUCAAUCGAAAGCUUCUGCUUCGUUCUCUACUGCUCCUAACAAUCUAUUUCACUCUCUCGUUUGGAUCCUACGGUGUGACUCUGUGGUAUCCAACCUACGUGAACGAGGUCAACCAUCAGAAAGACGUUGAGAUAUUCAAUGGCUUCUGCUCUGAAGAAGUCAGCGGCAUUAAUAGCUCCGCAAUCUCUACUUACUGUGGCUGCAAUGAUUCUGUUAUCAACAACUCUGUGAUAUCUGACAUGCUCCUCGACAACUGGAAUAUACAAAACACCACUUUUAAUGGUGUCACAUUUCAGAGGGUGAACUUUACGUACGCGUCUUUCAAUAAUACUAGCUUCGAGUCAAGUUCUUUUAUCGACUGCACAUUUAACAAUUCUGGCUUUAUCAAUACUACCUUCGACAGUUUCUCUUUCACUAACCUCAAACUAUUCGACUCAAGAUUGUGCAGCACCACAAUAGGGAAUAAUUAUUCUGCCUCUGGUGAUGUACUCGUUUUGAACUCUACUAUAAACGGUGCUCCUUGGAACAGCACAAUGACAAGUGCUACAUUUAUCCAGUUGAUGUUUAAUUCUAGUGCUAACGAAAGUGCUUGUAAUGCCAAUGGAUGGAUAUCUAAGUGCCCAGUAAAGGGAGACGAUUUCCGUUUGUAUAGAGACAGCUUCUUCAUAUCAGCCUCAGCUCUCCCUGGCAACCUGGCAUCAAUGGUCGCUGUCUACUUUCUGAUUAGGAAAUAUUGGCUAGCAUUCAGUCUGUUUGCCUCCACUCUCUCUGUGUUCCUGCUCUAUGUGGUUCAUUCUGAGGUGGUGGUGGUCAUCAUGCUCUGCUUGUUUGCUGCUAUCUCUACUCCUGCAUGGAACGACACAUCUCUCAUCGUUGCAGAGGUCUAUCCCACUCAUCUCAGGACAACUGCUGCUGGAAUUCACCUAGUGGCGGCCAGAAUUGGAGCUAUUAUCGGGACUAAUAUAUUCGGAGCAUUUGUACAUGUGAACCCAAACAUUCCCAUAUUCAUGGUAGUGGCUAUGCUCAUCGUUGGAGCACUAGCGGCUCUACCAUUGCCCAAGACAACAAGAAAAACUCUACUAAAGUGAUUUUAAGCCACAUUAUUAUUAUUACAAUGUAGUCAUUUUUAUUUUAUUUUAUGCACUAUAUUUAAUUUUUUUUUUGCUGUUUUAUUAAGGUUCUAAUUAAGCGAAUAUCAAUUUUAAAA